UAAACCCAUGUGUUCUUAUUUCUGAUGUGUAAACUAGGGGUCAGCGCACUGCUGAUUGUGUCUUUGGAGGGAAUAAUAGACGUUCACGAGCUGGAAUUUGGCAGAGGUUUCGGCUACAUGCAGCCUCUGACAAUCAACAUGCUGAAUUUAGGCAAUGCUCUAAUGAAACAGAUAGAAACAGUGGCGCUGAGGGAAUGCUGCAAUAUGUCUUGUUCAUGCACCGGGGUACCUGGACCACCAGGACACCCUGGAUUGCCAGGUCAAAAGGGAAAUACUGGUCAGAAGGGUCAUCCUGGAUAUCCAGGAGAUGAAGGUGUUGAGGGAGCGUUGGAUGAGGUGCUGGCUCAUGAGGGCGCGCAGGAGGGCGCGCUGAUGGGGGAGCCGAUUCAGGAGGGCGCGCAGGAGGGCGCGCAGGAGGGCGCGUAG